AUGGAGCCCAACGCCACGUUCACUGCCCGCCUCACCGCCACACCUGAGCGACUGCUCCGACUCAUCUUUGCCGGGUUCUGCGGUGCCAUCCUGCUGGCGGGGCUGCUGGCCAACGGGCUCAUGCUGCUGGUGGUGGGCCGGGGCGCAGGCGCCCCCUGCCCGCUCCUCGCCCUGACCCACAGCCUCAUGGUGAACAUCUCGCUGUCCGACCUGCUGUUCCUGGCCUGCGUGGUGCCCGUGCAGCUGCUGCGCUUCCUGCAGCGCGACUGGUGGCUGGGCCCCGCCGUCUGCACCACCAGCCAGGCCGCCAGCACGGCCACCAUGUUCUGCACCUUCUACAGCAUGGUGGCCACCGCUCUUCUGCGCCAUGUGGCCGUAGCCCGGCCUGACGUGGCCUUACCAGCUGGCCGAAGCACCCGCUUGCUGCUCUGUGGGGCCAUGUGGGUCCUGGGCCUCACUGCGUCCCUGCCCAACUGGCUGUUCCAGCGGGUGGCAGUGGAGGAGGAGACAGCGGGGGCCCCCACGGCCCGGGCCUGCCUCUUGCUCCUGAGCCCCGCUCGGACCUCUGGCUACUUCACCUUGCUGGGAGCCCUGGCCUUCCUGCCCUGCCUGCUGGGGCUGGGCUGCUCUUUCAGCCACAUGCGCUGGCUCCUGUGGGCGCGGCCCCGAGGGCCCGCGGGGGAGAGCACCCAGGAGCACCAAGAGAACACAGGGCUCAUCCUCGUGGUGCUGCUGGUUUUCGUGCUGAUGUGGGGCCCCUGCUCUGUGCUGGGCUACGUGGCGGCCAUGGGCCUCCUGCCCGCCACACCAGAGGCUUUUGUGGCCUCCAGCCUCUGCACCAUCCUGGCCUACUCCAAUUGUGCUGUCAGCCCCAUCCUCUGCUUCUACCUCUCCCGCCCCUUCCGGGCAGGACUCAGGGACCUCUUCUGUAGGCUGCUGACUGCCAGGCGUCCCAGAGGUGUGGGAGGGGCAGCCAUGGGGCUGGAAAGAGUCCAGCCUGGCCAGGAGAGGGCCCCGGGGGGCCCGUGGGGCCCGGUGGGGGUCUGA